AUGGGCAUCUGCGAUUCCAUUUUCCGCCCAGAUCAAUCUAUAUUUUCUCCUCCUCUACUUGCACAUAGAUGGUUCUUCAAGUCCAGGGUCCAGGCCGCCAGGCAACAGAAGAAUAAUUUGAAGGAAAACACCAGCUCCAGUCAUACCUAUGUGGAGGGCGGCGUGCUCUGUGUGCCCGAGCCUCGGCUUGCGCAGUCCGGGGCUGCGGGAGCCGAGACGCAUCCCCGUCGGGUAGCAGCCAUAAGCACCCCAGCCGUGCCCCAGGACCUGCAGCUGCCCCCAAACCAGAGGGCUCAGCCCGCGUUCAGAGAACAAAGAAGACAAAAACUCAAGGAACAUAUGUUAAAAAGAAAAACUUUUUUUGCAUACAAACAGGAAAAUCACAUACCCAGCAGAGACCAGAAAGUGAUGAACUCUGAGGGCCAAGUCCACGAAGAGACAAAAGUUCUGAAAUUUAAAACAAAAAUGGCUGGUAAAGAAAAUGUCAGUAGACCUCCUGGGAACAAAAAUCAUGUAACAAUGGGAAAAAAUUGUAUUCCUUUAAGACCUUCUAAUGAAUUAACCAGUUCAACAAUAGCAAACACCAAACUGGUACAGAAAUCAAAAAGCAUUGACCCUCGCAGACACACUAUAGCAAAAGCAACUCUUGAUAGAUCGGCUCAGCCCAAAGAAGCUGCAGAAGAGAGAAAAGUUCGUCUGGGUGAGUGGAAAGCUGGUAAAAGAAAAGUGCUGAAAAGGCCUCCUAGCUCAGUGGUUACCCAGCCUGAGCCUGAAGGGCAAAACGAAAACUCAGUUGGGUCCUUUUGGACGACCAUGGUAGAAGAAGAUGAACAAAGAUUAUUUACUGAAAAAGUAAACAAGACAUUUUCGGAAUGCCUAAACCUGAUUAAUGAGGGGUGACCAAAAGAAGAAAUAUUGGUCAUACUGAAUGACCUGAUUAAAAAUAUUCCAGAUGCCAAAAAACUUGUUAAAUAUUGGAUAUGCCUUGCAUGUAUUGAACCACUCACAAGUCCUAUUGAAAAUAUUAUCACAAUCUAUGAGAAAGCUAUUCUGGCAGGGGCUCAGCCUAUUGAAGAAAUGCGACAUGCAAUUGCAGAUAUUCUAACAAUGAAGAGUCAAGAAAAAGUGAAAUAUGGAGAAAGUAUUGAGACUUGUGCAACUAAGGAAUACAUCCAAGAAGUCGACAGUGAAGAUAUAGGUGUUAAUCUAGAAUUAUAUUUUGAAGGUCCAAAGUUCUAA